AUGAACUUGCCAAGAGCGGAGCGCCUUCGCUCCACACCUCCGCGCAGCCUCCGGGGCUCCGAUAGGGAAGACGGUGCGAUCGAUAUCCUGGGAGGGGAGGAAGAUGAAGAAGAGGAGGAGGAAGAGGAAGACGAGGAACCCGAGGGAAGCCAGCGGCUCCUAGAGCCGCCGGAGCCGCAGAGGGCGCGGCGGGGCGCAGGCGCGGGUGCGCUUCCCGGAGAGCGCACCGAGAGCGGCGGCGGCGGCGCAAGCGACUCCUCCGAGUUUGGCCCCAAGUUCGGGGCACGGACGGGGUCUGCGGCGGCCUCUGCGGGCGCCCCGCAGCCGGCGAAGCCCCCCUACUCAUACAUCGCGCUCAUCACCAUGGCCAUUCUGCAGAGCCCACACAAGCGCCUCACGCUCAGCGGCAUCUGCGCCUUCAUCAGUGGCCGCUUCCCUUACUACCGCCGCAAGUUCCCCGCCUGGCAGAACAGCAUCCGCCACAACCUCUCGCUCAACGACUGCUUCGUCAAAAUCCCCCGGGAGCCGGGACACCCUGGCAAGGGCAACUACUGGAGCCUGGACCCCGCCUCCCAGGACAUGUUCGACAACGGCAGCUUCCUUCGGCGCAGGAAGCGCUUCAAGCGCCACCACCCGCCUCCGGGAGCCCACCUGCACCACCCCUUUCCCCUGCCCGCUGCGCCCGCCGCCCUGCACGCCCCCUACCCGGGCAUGCUGCUCGGGCCCCCGGCCCCGCCGCAGCCUGUCCCGGGGGCCUAUCCCGCCUCCACUCCCGGGAGCCGCCCGUGCGUGCUGCUGCAUCCUCAUCCCCUCCGCUACCUGCUGCUCUCUGCCCCGGCCUACGCUGAGGCGCCCAGGAAAGCGCAAGGCGCGGAUCUGGUGACCCACGGCGCCCUUCCGGCGCUGCAGCCCACGCUAGGCUCCCAGCCUUGGGAGGAGGGCAAGGGGUUGGCGUCGCGGCCGCCAGGCGGAUGCACCUCCUUCAGCAUCGAGAGUAUCCUGCAAGGGGUCCGGGGAGCUGGUACAGGCGCCGCGCAGAGUCUGCCCCCGACCCCGUGGGGUUACUGCCACCUGCUGCAGCGCCCGUCGUGCCUGUUGCAUCCUCAGGCCGCUGCCCCCUUGCUCCACGUCUCCGCCGCCGCCGCAUCCGCUGCCCGGACGAUUUUGCAGCAGCAGCAGGGCUCUGCCAGCGGCUGCGCUCCCAGCAAGGGCGCUCUGCUGGGCCGGCACCUGUCCGCCACCGCGGCGCUCCUGGGGUGUCAGCCUGGAGUAGAGGGCUCUAGGCUGACGUCGCUGGUCGCCCUUUCGGGCGGAGAGGGGACCUCACCGGCCUUUUGA